ACUCAUAUCAGGUAUCAGUUCAGUCUAUUUUUACCACUGACUGCCUUAAAACCUCUAAUGUUUCCAUAAAAAUUUUAUAAUGCUUUUUAAAACUAAACUUGUUUUAAAAUGGCUUAUAACUUUAACAUUCUUAUUCCAGUUGAUACCCGAAAUGAAAGCAUUUCGCAUCCUAGCACCUCAAUACGUAUGUCCAAAACAAGAGGACGACGUGAUUGAGAAGGCUGAUAACACAAUUAUCACCCUUCAAUCUACAUCUAGCGACGUAUUAAAAGUGCAAUGGACAGUGCGCUGGAAAACAUUAAUAUCACCUACUCAGCGCUUUACGAUUAUGUUGUGGCGGACAGUGAGAGAGCUUGAAAAGAAAUUGAAUGGGCCACAAGUGGAACCUAAUGUUUACUUUAUCGAAAACAGUGAUUUACUCAGUGGAGUUGAAUAUAUAUUUAACGUCUCAGAAAUAGAACCAAAUAGUGACACGGACGAACCCAAAUCUUUCAACAUUGACAAUACACAAGGUGAUCAGAAGCUAACAAUGGAGGGCCGAACUGAUAAAUUUUCACUUAUCUUGGUGGGAAGCCAAGACACAUAUGUAGAUAUGGAAUUUGUAUUAGAUGCACAGGUGACCUCAUGUCAGGCAACGCAAGAUUAUUAUUUUAUGUGGACUAUUAAAAACGAACUUGGAGAAAGCAUUAACGUUUCCCAUAUAAGAGGCUCCAGACUAAGUAUCCCUAAGUACUCUCUGAAAGCCGGCUUCACUUACGACAUUAAUUGUGAGUUAUACAAGAAAUCUGACGAUUGCUUUAUUACUCAGACAACCCUUCCAUUUCGUGUGCAUCAUCGUGGUAUAGAAGUCUACUUAAACGUGGAUACUAUUAUUAUCACUGUACACUCUCCAUUUAAUAUCCAGGCGCUUGUGAUAAAUCAUGACAACUACGAGAGUUUGUCGCUCCAAUGGAAUUGUUUACACGAAGGGGAGUCAUGUGAUUACUUUGAGAAUAUCGACGACAAUUCAAUAUACUUUCCAUCAGGAUUUCCAAACGAGGGGCAGUACAUACUUACACUCCUGGUUAAUGUAAAGCAAUAUUCUGUUACUGCAAAUGCUACAAUAAUAGUCAUGGAAUCCAUUUUGCCUGUAUUACAGAUAAGUCCAAUGCAACGAUUAUUGAACGAAGGUAGUGUUGUAUCUAUAACAGCUACAGGGAGUAAUGUAUCUCCCGCCUGCAGCCUCGGAUUGUACUUUGCUUCUGAAGAGUAUCUAAGUAACACGGACUUAGUGAUUAACGAUACAUGCAAAAAUUGCCAGCAUGGAGAAGAACUAUUAGAAUCACUAACAAUCCAUUCUCUAGAGGAGAACUUCCUUAACGAACUGACAGACUUCUCCAACGACACUGAACGGCGGCAAAUAACAGUUGAUAUGGACGCUGCAGUGGGACGUGUGCGUUUUGUCGCUGACUGCGGGUGCUCUUUAACAUAUGGCUGUGACCGAGAAGGGACAGCGUACGCUGAAAUCAACUUUGUUCUGAACGAAAGUCCCAAAACUGGAGAAGUAAUGGUAUCACCGAAUUCUGGCACAGCUUUAGAAACAGUUUACCGCAUUAGUACAACCGCAGCAAGUGAUCCCCAAGGACCACUGCGUUAUUCUUUCUACUGUGGCUUAAGUAACAAAGACUCACUUUUACUGGGAUCAUAUAUGGAACACCUUGCCGUUGAGACUCUCCUUCCAUAUAUUGAGGACGGCAUCACAGUUUGGGUUGAAGUAUGUGAUUCUCUAGGUGCAUGUUCGUCCAGUAAUGAACAAGUAAUACAUUUAUCGCCGGGUACAGGUCGCACUGUAUCUACAUUAAUAAAUGACAUGCAUGCAUAUGUUGACCGCUGUGAAAUGUUAAUGCUUCGCCGCUUAAUUGUAUCUGCUAUAGAAACAUAUACUAAUACGAAGCAAACAGAACCGUUAUCAAAUUUCACAACCACUUUACUUGGAGCACUAAGAAACAUGGAUGAAAAACAUUGUAUUGCUGACAACUAUGACCAGUUUUCAGCCUUAUUGCAUUGGCUUAAUAGCGCAGGAGUUGACAUAGGCAGUUUAUACUAAUUUUCAUUUCAUCAGAACACACUUUUAAAUAUCACUGUAUACAAGCUUAAAUUAAAUUCGAUUAAAUUAAGCUAUCACCAACAAUUUUUACAGUUGUCUCUUAACAUUGCAUAAAAUAAUACAUCGAGAACAAAUGUUUCUUCAUUACUUGAUUCAAUCGAUAGAAUCAUGUUAAGACUAACUUUUAAAGUGUUAAUGUUAGGUACCUAUAAUAAUAGAAAAACUAUGGACGAGCCCAAAAAUACGAAUAAUACGUACGCAAGUUACAUACGCAUUUGAUUUCUUAUAUAAAUUAUAAAGAUAAUUUGUGAAACGUAAUUAUGCUUCACCUUAAAUGAAAUAUUAGUGUUCUGUGAAUGACGCAAAGAUGUUUAAGAGGUAUAAAUCAUAAAAAUUUGCUACAUUUUGUUUGUUUCUUUUUUAUGAUAAAGUUAUUACAAUAAUUGGCUAACUAUAUCUACUAUAAUAUUUGUACUUUUAUUCCAUUUAUAUUACUAUUAUACAUAUUAUCUAAUGUAUCAAGUAACCCAGUAGGCUACCUUGAAAAUAUAUAUUAAAAAAAAUCUGUCUUUUUUUCUAGAGUAAUAGUUUCCACUACAAAUAAAGUUAUGCGAAAAUAGUGAAAAAAUAAGUGAAAAAAUUAUAUCUUACAUUUUCAAGACAGCUCAUAUCAUCUUGUUAUAGUUUUAAUGAAUAGUUAAAAUUAUAAGUAAGUAGAUAAAUAACAAAUUAUUAAAUAUAUGUAGCAUUAAAUAGAAAAUAAAUAAAUGAAAAAAAAAAAACAAUUUAACAGAG